CUACGUUGACAGCCAUAACCCUUCAUCCAAUCCGCGGGGACAGGACCGUCACUUUCUUCCCAGCUCUUGAGCGCCCGGCGAUGCCGUGCUGAGCAGCUGUGAGCAUCGUGAAGGACACACGGACGGACGCAGCCGCCCGCUACGGAAGGAAAACCGGGAAGUCCUGCUAAUGUUCCAUCAGCUGAGCGUCCAGCUGUGACCCCACCAGGUGGUUCUCACUACAACAUCAUGCUGCACCUCACCUUGCUCCUCCAUCUCCUGGUCCUUUCACACUGCCGUGCAGGUGCAUCAGUCCAUGGAGAGGCACCUGACUUUUAUGGAGCAGAUGAAGCCACAGGUUACGGGCCAGUGUUUGAGGAGCAGCCGGUGGAUACCAUCUACCCCGAGGAGUCGCCUGAGGCAAAAAUUACCAUGAGCUGCCGGGCCAGAGCCAAUCCACCUGCCACAUACAAGUGGAUGAUGGGCGACACAGAAAUUGAUGUGUAUGAAGAAGACGGUCACUACAGUUUAGCAGGAGGCAACUUGGUCAUCAGCAACCCCAGGAGAGAAGAACAUGUGGGAAAAUACUCGUGCUUGGCUACCAAUGUCUAUGGCUCAGUCCUCAGCCGAGAAGCCUCCGUCCAGUUCGGAUACCUCGAUCUUUUCUCAUUGGAGGAGAGGUCUUCAGUUUAUGUCAAAGAGGGACAGGGGGUUGUUCUGCUUUGCGCUCCACCUCCACAUUAUCCAGCUGAGUUGUCAUUCCGAUGGAUCCUCAACGAAUUCCCCACUUUCAUCCCGAUGGACAAGCGGCGUUUUGUCUCCCAGAUAACUGGCAACCUCUACAUCUCCAAGGCGGACUCCUCAGACAAAGGCAACUACUCCUGCAUCGCAUCCAGCCCAUCGAUUUCAAAGAGUGUUUUCUCCAACUACAUCCCCCUUGAGCCCCUGGCUGAACGUCCCAUUAGGAAAUAUCCUGCUGACCUCAAAGUCAAGUUCCCAGACACCACUGCUUUGGUGGGGCAGAAUAUCACCUUGGAAUGCUUCGCUUUGGGGAACCCUGUCCCUGAGAUUCGGUGGAAGAAGAUAGAUGGUCCUCUGCCAGUUUAUCAUGAAGUGCGGUUGGCUGGAACCCAGCUGCAAAUGUAUAAUGUGCAGUUUGAGGACAGUGGCAUCUAUAGGUGUGAGGCCAUGAACUCAAAAGGAAAGGACUUCCACAAUGCACGUGUGACGGUGGAAGCUUUUCCUGAGUGGGUGGAGCACAUCAGCAGCACAGAGAAACAACUCGGCAGUGACUUCACUAUGUCAUGCACAGCAAGCGGCAAACCAAAACCGACCAUCCGGUGGCUGAAAAAUGGAGUACCGAUUGACUCAAAAGAGGUGAAGUUCAGCAGUCUGACACUGGAAAAUUCAGGCAUGUACCAGUGCAUAGCAGAGAACCAACAUGGGGUAAUUUAUGCCAAUGCAGAGCUGCGUGUGUUUGAUUGCGCUCCUACUUUUGAACACAACCCAGUGAAGGGAGUCCUGGCGCCUAAAAAUGGACGGGUGGUGAUUGAAUGUCGACCCAAGGCCGCCCCAAAGCCCGCCUUCUCGUGGAGCAAAGACACUGAGCUGCUGUCCAACUCCACCAGGGUCUUCAUCUGGGAGGAUGGAAGCCUAGAGAUUCUCAAUGUGACGCAAGCAGAUGAAGGCAUGUACACCUGCUUCGUGGAGAAUGACCGGGGCAAGGCCAACAGCACAGGCUCUCUGGUGGUAACAGAGUCCACAAAGAUCACCUUGGCUCCAUCCAAUGCUGACGUUAAAGUGGGAGAAGACACCUGGAUGCAGUGCGCUGCAUCACAUGACCCCUCUCUGGACAUCACCUUCAUCUGGUCCCUGGACGGCCGAGUCAUUGACCUCCACAAGGACAGCCAACAUUACGAACGAACCCCGAACGGAAGCUCAAACGGCGAGCUGCGGAUUAAGAACGCUCAGCUGAAACAUGCUGGACGCUACACCUGCACCGCGCAAACCCCAGUGGACAACGUUACUGCCUCUGCCCACCUGGUUGUCAGGGGUCCUCCUGGUGCUCCGUUUUUGGUGCAAAUGGAAAAAACCACUGAGAAGAGUGUUACGUUGCAGUGGAUCCGCGGCGCAGACAACCACAGCCCUAUCUCCAAAUAUAUCAUCCAGUACAGGGACCAGUUCUCAAAGGAUACCUGGAAGAAUGCCAUCACAUCUCCGGCUGAAAUAGAGGGGAAUGCAGAGACAGCCACGGUGGUGGAUUUGUUCCCCUGGACAGAGUAUGAGUUCAGGGUCACUGCUGCCAACACUCUGGGAACAGGACAGCCGAGCAGCCCAUCACCUGUAAUCAAAACCCUGGAAUCACUUCCUGUGGUGGCGCCCUCGGAUGUCGGCGGGGGUGGAGGGGAUAGCAGAGAACUGACCAUCACGUGGACGCCUGUACAGCCACAAUACUACUAUGGGCCGAACUUUGGCUACAUUUUGGCCUUCAAACCCAAAGGCAAAAACGACUGGGAAAGAGUGGUGGUGGCUGAUCCCCAGGCCGAGCGCUAUGUCCACAAAGAUCCCAACAUUGCCCCUAUGACGGAGUUUCAAGUCAAAAUUAAACCCUUCAACAGCGAAGGAGAAGGGCCGUACAGCCGACCAGCCAUCAUUUAUUCCGCACAGGACAUUCCAACUACAGCUCCUACAAUUGUUGCCUGCAGAGCUCUGUCUGCCACAGUGGCCACCGUGCUGUGGGAGCCCCUCUCUGACGUUGACGGAUACCAGGUGAGUUACUGGAGAAGUCACAAAGACGGUGAACUGGAGCCACAAAAGGCUGUGGUGCCCGGAAGGGAAAACCACACCAAACUGGAGGGCUUGAAGCCCAACUCGCACUACUUCAUUGAAGUUCGAGGCUUCAACUCCGCUGGAUACGGGCCACCCAGCAAGCCCUUUCAGAUCCACACCAAGAAACCCCCUCCAAGUCGACCCCCACAGAUAAUAAGUAAAAAGUUAAAAGGAAAGUCAAUAAAUAUUGCCUGGAAGCAAGUGGAACCGCUGGCUAACGAGUCAUCAAUAGAUGGGUACAGAGUGCUGUACAGGCAGCAGGGUUACUCCACGGGCACACUGUAUACAACCAACAAGCGGUACAUAGAGCUUCAACUGCCUACAAACGGGACCUAUGUGGUGGAGGUCCGGGCACACACAGAAGGAGGAGAUGGGGCUAUGGCACAAAUUGAACUCACAGUUGGAGCUGCCAUGACCAUCCAGAGUCUCAGCAUCCUCUCCCUGCUCCUGGUGGCUCUCCUCUGCCUGAACCUCUGAAUGUGCUUACGGCGGACACCAAUAAGAACUUCUGGGGCUCUCUCCGUGAUCUUUUGGUUCGGGAUGCCACGUUCCAGCUCUUUCCCCUUUGGAAUAUGUUUGUGGAAACAGACACAGAAAAGGAACAAUUGGAAAUGGACGGAAGACAUUCCUUAUUUAUCCACAACAGGCCUCUUUGGAAGAGUGUCGAAGGAGUCCUGUCAACUUUUUAAAUAUGCCUUACAUAAAUGACUGCACUUAUCUUUCACAGUAACCUGUCUUAAAAGUGUAAACCCUACACUUAGCGUAGUUCGGCUGUUCAGCCCUUUUAAAUAAUGAAUCCGACCUUUCUGGUACAAAGAUGCUGUUUGUUCCGAACCGUAGGCUUCAUUUGAUCCUCAACGCUCUCUGAAAUCCUACAAUCCUACAGUGCAUUCCAUAGUGUAAGGUAAACAAACAGCUGUGAAGGCUAAGUGUAUGAGUUUAUAAUAACAGUCUUCAUGUCUUUCUUUACAUGCAGUUCAGUGGCAUUUUUUAACUAAACAUACCUUCUGUUACCGAUACAGUCAAAGCAAACCUCUUCAUACAUGAUUUUACAACAAGCAGAAAGAAAAGAGCCAUUCCUGUCAUGCUGGAAUAAUUAUUCAGUGUUGUAUUCAUUCAAUGUAUAUUUGUUUUCCUAUCUAAUCUACAGUUGAUGCUAUUUGAAGAAAAGCAGAUUGGUUUAACCUGCAAUCGGAUUCCAAACUCUAUUAACACCAGUUUCAAAUUUUGUGCAUGCUUACAUGAAAGAAAAGUUUGACAAGUUUUGCGGAUUUGGACUCAAACCUGAAUGUAAAGCGAACCAUAGCAGGAUCUGAACAUUACAUCAAACUUGCGGUUUCAUAUGCAACACUGCAGCCGACCAUGUGCAACAGCGGUCACUUUGACCGCUUUGCCACCUUUGAUUAUAGUUGUUCAACGGUGACAUUUUCUGUUGAGAGUGAAAACUUCAUGAGAGUGAGCUAAACAACUUUGUUUUGACUGUAUCACUAGGACCUCAGUGGUACCAGCGGGUGCUUUGUAAAGAAUGUUAGCAUUUUAUUUAACGUCUCUCUGGUUUCUGGCGACGUUCGUGGCCUCCAGUAACUGUGCUCCGUCUAAUUCAUCUGUGGCUACUUAAUCAUUCCUAGCUCCUGUAACAGUAAUUUAGAAUAUCUCAUUUUUCAUUACAAACAAAAGGUAAGCGAAGCCAUCCAUGUGAGCGGUAAGAGCCCAUCCAAAGCUCAUGUUGUUUCAAAUGCAUUAUUUUUGUCUUUUUAUUAAGAUGUAAUCAUGAUCAGAGAUAUAUAAACAUUAUUAACUGUUGUCCUUUUUGAUUAUUAUAUUUGUAUGUCUUGACCCACCUGUGGCUGGACAUUUUUAAAAGUUUAUUUCAUUCGAAUGGAGGAGCAAACGCUGCGUCUAGAGCUCCUUCAUUUCUCGUGUGACUGGUGCCGGUCAUGCUUUUACAUUGUGACAAUAUCAAUGUCCACCACAAAGUGCUUUUCCCAGUUUUCUCUUCAUGCCACAAAUAAGUAAUACAAAAAAAGAAAAUAAAUAAAUAAUAAUAAAAAAAAAGAAUUGCCAAAUGCAUGAACGCCUUGACCUUGGACAUUUUGGGCAAAGCGGUGGCUCAACUAUAUCAUGCAUGAGAUUGGAGACAAAGGCGUGCAUUACAUUAAAAACGAGUCAACAUCAUAGCAACUUCUCGGCCUCUCAGCUUCAUGUGUACUACAUUCCACUUAUGAGUGACAUCCCUUUACGUCAGAGACGGCAUAGAUCUUAGCCUAAUAUCUGCGUUAGCUGCUAAGCUUCAUAGAGCCAGUCAUCUUGUGUGAGGUCUUUGGGAGAGGAUUUUUAUUUUAUUUUUUUUUAGAGAGAGAGUUAAAUCUUGCACUGACUAAAGGAAUCUCACUCAUUCGAGUUCAAAAACGGUCAGGCAGUCUCGCGCACACGAUGGUGGAUGGAUUUGACGGCAUGGCUGGUGGCAGUGGCAGCGUGUUCUUGGCUGUCUGCUGGAGUUCGGUUAUUCACAAAUGGCAUAUAUGAGGGAUGAAACGAAAACCUCUCGUUGGCUGGACAAAGAACAAUAAAAGUGUAGUUAACUAUUAA